AUGGCGGGGCUAUUCAGAAAAGUGUACGACUGGUUGUUGCGGACGUUUUGGGCGACCGAAAUGGAUGUGACCAUGAUCGGAUUGCAGAAUGCUGGCAAAACCUCGCUUCUCCGUGUAAUUUCGGGCGGAGAGUUCGCGAUCGACUCCAUUCCCACAGUCGGCUUCAACAUGAAGCGGGUGCAACGCGGGCAUGUGACACUCAAGUGCUGGGACUUGGGUGGCCAACCCCGCUUCAGACCAAUGUGGGAGAGGUACUGCCGCAACGUUAACGCCAUUGUCUUUAUCGUCGAUAUUGCCGACCUACACCUGCUCCCCGUGGCCCGCGAAGAGUUGCACUCGCUAAUGAGCCAACCGGCCCUGGAGGGCAUCCCCCUCCUUGUACUCGGAAACAAGUCGGACCUGCCCAACAAGCUCUCGGUGGACGAGUUGAUCGACGCCAUGGACCUGAAAAAUGUCGCGCACCGCGAGGUCUCGUGCUAUGGCAUCUCGGCUAAGGAAGAAACGAAUCUCGAGGCCGUCUUGCAAUGGUUGAUGAAGUUUGCCAAUCGGUGA